AUUUAUGAGUGAAGAAGAAUCAACUAAUGGGAAAUUCGAUUAUUUAAAAGCAAAAUAUGUUUUUAGAUUUCCUUUUACAGUCACUGCAUUAAAAUGGGGAUUCGGUUUGGGUACAUUUUUUGGGAUUCAUUAAUACAUAAAAUCAAGGGAUGGAAUGGCAAGUAUGAGAUGGUUUAUCUGGGGAAAUGUUUUAACUACUUUGCCUAUUUGGGGAUUCUUUAUGAUGAAAUAUUCGUUCUAUAGCAGUGCAUUAAGAAAAUUUGAAUCUGAACAAUCAAGAUAAUACGAAAUUUAAGGAUUAACCAGAGUUUACUUGGCUAAUAAGAUGGGGAUCGACCCAGAAUGUAGUGACGAGGACCUUUUGAAGUAAGGCUUAUUUUUAUGUGUUAGAGAAUAUCAGAUAAAGAGCGAAAAGAUAAAAGAGAAAUUUAAUUUAUUGGAUGAGUUGUUGGUGGGGGUUGACUUUUCUUAAUUUGAGUUUCCUAAGUGAAUUAUUUAAUUUUUAUAUUGAUCUGGAA